UCUAGAGGCAAACUUGGCAACUUUCAUAGUCACUGACUAACAAAACCCUUGUCCGGUUCUACGCAGCGUCACUUCCCUUUAGUACCUCACUGGGUGAACACACUCCAGAGGGAACCUUCAAUCCAGCCCACGUUACUGUAUCUUCUACAGAGCGACCAAGAUGGCGAAGACUGUCAAAUCACUGCUGUGUUUCCUAUCUCUCGCUGUGGUGGUGACUGUCGGGCAGCUUCCUCGCUCUUAUGUUCAUCGUAAAAGGACUACAUUACUAACUAAUGCCUUGGAGUCGCUGCUGGCAGCCGAGUCACAUCCUCGCUGUACACUCAUCUUCCUCACUGACGGCAGUAUCUCAACUACUUCUGUCUUCAUAGAAUUUUUGUCUCUGCACUUCCCUUCAGGGAUGGCACUGCUUGAGGUGGUAUUGGAUGAUCAGAAUAAUAUCGUUGUGCAAGCAAAUCUCUCUCAAGUGGUGGACAAGGUUCGACAGCUGCGUCAGGUGUCAUGGUGCGUGACGGUGGUGGUUUUGAGCGACGACCCAGCCUUCCUCGCCGCCUUCGCCGAGUGGUCCCUCAAGGGUCGUCUCCUGGUGUGGUCGACGAGGCUCCUCGUCGUCACCCGCCUGCCCCUCCCGGAGCUCCACCACCUACACAAGUUACUCUCCAUGACCAACUCUAUGUUGUUUGUUGUCGACGACACUUUAGAAGAUACGAGGUGUUCGGUGUUCAUUCACUUGCCCUAUACAAUCUCGGGAACCAAGGCUAUGAAGGUUGCUUCCUGGACGACCCACCAAGGCCUCGCCCUCACCACCCAUCUCCCACUCUUCCCUGACAAGUUUUAUAAAUUCCUUCAUAAGCCAACUCUGUCAGUGGCAGUGGAUCAAAAUCAUAUUAGAGAAACAGAAGGAGGUACGAAGGACGACAUGUUGAACUUUCUUGCACAAGCAAUAAAUUUCACAUACAAAUACGUGGUUCCACCUGACAACAGUUUCGGCUCCAAGCAGACUGAUGGGUCCUGGUCAGGCUUGAUGGGCAUGGUGGUGAGGGAGGAAGCGGAGUUUUCUGCUGACCCUUUGAGCUUGUCUAUUGCACGGGCUGAAGUGGUGGACUUUACCAUGCCACUAACUAUACAAUACUCAAGGAUCCUUGCUAGUCGAGGGCUGCCAGAAAUCGACCCGUGGGGCUUCUUGUUCACACCUCUGGCGCCGUUAGUGUGGGUAGCCAUCCUAGCGACAAUGUUGAUGCUGCCAGUCGUGAUGUUCCUCUUGUCUUCGUCAUUCUCUCGAAACGACUCUAAAGAAGACAAUUGGAUUUCAACUUUCUUCAGUUUAUUUCGUAUCUUACUGCAGCAAGACUACAUGGUGUCUGGAUGGUGGUGGAGGCGUCUUGUGUUCGCUGUUUGGAUGUUAAUGUCACUCGUGCUGGUCAAGAGCUACGCCGGGACUCUCAUGUCCGUACUAGCAGUAAGACACAUCGAACAGCCAUACCAAACCCUUCGUGACCUUUUAGACAGCCCCUCGACAACUAUGAUUUGGCAUCGCGGCUCAAAGAAUGUUGAAUAUAUCAAGUCAGUGGAGUCUGGGAUAUACCGUGAAGUGGCCGAAACGGAGUCAAGGGGAGGCAUCAAGUACCAGACACUGUUUGAGUUCUUCCACAGCGCCGACACCCUGGUGAGGCGAGGCGACCACGUUCUUAUAGACAUCGAGAUCAUCAUUAGUAUGAUCGUUAGCCGAGACGUCUCUAAAACAGGUCGUUGUGACUUCUACUUGUCGAGAGAGAGGCUGCUGCCAUCUGUCUUAGCUCUCAUUGGUCAAAAGAACAGUCCUCUGGUUCCUGUGAUAAGUAGAAUGGUCAUGUCAAUAACUGAAGCUGGGCUGUACUACCAGUGGAUUAAACAACGAAUACCAAACUUCACAACGUGUUCCUUCCCUCCGACUAAGAUCACUGUCAGCACCUCUCUCUCCGUGGACAACCUUUGGGGGAUGUUUGUGCUCCCAGUCACCGGACUGACUCUCAGCGCUCUUAUAUUUUGCCUCGAGAUCAUCACACAUCGUAUUUUUCCAGUAUAAAACUCCUCAUGUAGUGAAUAAAUGGUUGACUGACAAUAGAUAGUGCAAGCUUCAAAAUGUUUUAUUAGUUUCUAAAUGACUAGAGCAAUGUGAUAUUCCUUAAGCUGGAGGUUGUUAGUUUUUGUGUUUACGUAUUUUUUGUUUAUAUGUCUAUAUGUGGCAAAACUAUAUUUUUCGACUUUCAUUUUAACUUUGAGACACAAAAAUAAUAUAAUAUUACCAUCACAUAUUCAAUGCUCUAUAUAUUACGAUAUGAUUUUUUA